AUAUACCGGUUAGAACUGUCAGAGUCUGUUUAGCGCAAUGUUGACAUAAUUUCUGCUCCUUAUUUUUGUUUACUUUUUUUGGAUACUAAUUCAAACGAUGCCUUGCAAGCCUCGCUCUUCUGUUCGUCUCAUCCUUUCCUCGUUGACAAUUUUGACGUUUUGCAAUGUUGCGCAUAGUUUGCUCGACCCUAUUUCGCUCAGUGUAAUUGCUGGCGGAGCAGUUCUAUCUGCACUGUACAAACGGGACGUAGUGAAAGAGCUAACGGUAUGCAAAUUCACAGAAUGUUGCAUCGAUGCACAUAUUCCAGCUGAUAUGACAGAACUAUCGCUCGAUCUUGAAGCAAACGUUUUCGGUCAGCACAUUGUGCACAAACAGCUGGUGUCUGCGUUGCGAUCGCACUACACUGGAUUAGAUAAGUCAACGAAGCCGUUGGUGUUAAGUUUCCAUGGUACGCCGGGAACCGGAAAGAAUUAUGUCGCCGAUCAUAUUGCUAAGCAUUUGUACAGGGAUGGUACGAACAGUAGUUUUAUCCGAAGGUUCAUGGGAAGAACGGAUUUUCCAAUGGAAUCCGAUGUGAAUUAUUACCGGUUAACCCUAAGGUCAGCUGUGGUGGAUGCAAUCAAAAUCUGUCCACGCUCCCUCUUCAUAUUCGACGAGGUGGAUAAAAUUCCUUCCGGAGUUUUCGAGGCUUUGACCUCACUUCUCGAUCAUCAUCACAAUGUCGAUGGCGUAAAUUUGCGGCACGCAACAUUCAUCUUCCUGUCAAAUGCUGGUGGAACGGAAAUAACCGACAAGCUGCUGGAAAUAACCGGAAAUGGCAUGUUGCGGGAGGAGACCCAACUGUAUCAUUUCGAAAAGAUUGCAGAGUUGGCCGCCUACAACAUUGUUGGUGGACUACGCAAGACCAGCAUAAUUGAAGCCAACCUAAUUGAUCAUUUCAUACCGUUUCUGCCACUGGAGAAGCGUCACAUCGAAAGGUGCAUUCUAUCGGAUUUUAUGCGGUUCGGCGUUGACAGACCAACACACGAUGACAUUGAAGAGAUAAGCAACAACUAUGUGACGUACUACAAGAAGCUCUACUCAACUUCCGGAUGUAAGAGGCUCACCAAAAAAGUGGCCAUUUAUGCGGACAAAUAUAAAUGAAUUCUGUGAAGUACUAGAUCUAUCGAAUCCGUGCCGGGUGCCUCGAGUGUUUAGAAAAUUUAAGUGAAUUGUUGUGCGUUUUUUGCGAAGAUCUUAGUUUUACAA